AUGAUUUACACUUCCGGUUUGUGCAUUUUCGUCAUCUUCCCGUCUUUUUCUUUUAUUUCUUUGCUUUUUUUUUUUGCUAUUUCUUUCCUUUUCUCUUUCUUCUAUCUUUCUUUUUCUUUAUUUCUUAUUUUUGCAUAUUCUUCUCGUGUAUGCCGAUUUCAUUUAUUUCUUGUACAUGAUUUAAUAUAUUUCUGUAAUUUCUUAAUCCUCUCACAAUUCAUCCUUUCCUUUUUCUAUUUUUUUUUUCAUAUUAUUACAAUUAUCCUUAUAUUUUUUCUUACUUCAUUCAUGAUUCAUUCCCUCCUUUCUUUACACUAUUUCUUUUUUUUAUUUGUAUCCUUUCUUACGAAUUCGCCAUGUAAUCUUUUUUUUAUUUCUCUCUUUUUUUUCCACGAAUCACUUUCUUUCCUUAUUUUCCAUUCUCGUUUUCUCUUUAUACCACAACACCUUCCGUUGUUCCACUCUUUCUUUCAACUUCUUUCUUCAUUCAAUCUUCUCCCCUUUUUUUCUUUCUUCAUCACUUUCUCUACCUCUUCAACUCUUUUCCUCAUUUUCACUCAUCUUUCUUCUUUCUUUUGUCACUUCUUUCUUUCACAUCCUUCCUAUCUUUUUUUUCAUCCCUCAUUCAUUAUUUCCUUCAUUCAUUUUUUUCAAUACCUUCAUUACUUCAUUCCUUUCGUUUCUUUCGUCCUUUCGUUUUUUUUUCUUUUCUUACGCAUCAUUCCUUCAAUUCUUUCCUUCCUCCUUCUUUCAUCUUUUUCCUUUUCUUUUUUAAUUUUGAUUUCGUUUUUUCUAUUUUGUUCAAAAAAAUUCACAUUCGGACUUUUUUCAUGUCUGUCUUUCUUUUAA